GUUAUUUACUCCACUGCUGUCUCUAUCUCCUGUAUAAACAUUAUGCGCAGUUCUCGCAAUCCACGGAGGAACUGUACUACAUUUACUUUCAGGUUUCCGUAGCCAGCUGUACAAAGAUGGCGGCUUCCCAGGAUGUCCACGUUCGAAUAUGUAGUCAGGAAAUAAUCAAGUAUGAUUGUGAGAUAAAGGCAUUAGUACAGGAUAUCAGGGAUUGUUUGGGGCCUCUUGCCAUCCUGACAGAGUUAAAUGGUAAAGUAAAGGAGAAAUUUAAGCAGCUAAGACUCAGGAUACAGGACUUGGAUCAGAUGGCUAAAGAACAAGACAAAGAAUCGGAUAAAUCAUCUCUUCUUAAAGAAGUGGAGAAUCACAGAAAACAGAUGCUGAGCAAUCAAACCGCUUGGCGAAAGGCAAACCUGGCAUGCAAGCUGACUAUUGAUAACUCUGAGAAAGAAGAAUUGCUACAAGGAGCUGAAUCCUUACGACAGAGGAAAACCACAAAGGAGAACCUUGUAGAAAUGUCAAGCUCAAUCACAGAGAAUUUGAUGAAUGUUAGUCGAAUGAUGGCACAGCAAGUUCAGCAGAGUGAAGAGACUGUUACAACGCUAGUGACCUCUUCAAGAACAGUGCAAGAAACUAAUGAAGAGUUCAAGACCAUGUCAGGAACAAUUAUGCUGGGCCGAAAACUAAUCACAAAGUAUAAUAGGAGGGAACUUACCGAUAAACUGCUCAUAUUCCUUGCCUUAGCAUUAUUUUUAGCCACAGUACUGUAUAUACUCAAGAAAAGACUAUUUCCUUUUAUAUAGGUAAUACAGUUUUUGUGUUGGGAAGCCUGUAUUCUCCAUCAGUAAGUCGAGAACCUACUUAUACUGUCAAGGCCCUACCGCUUCCUGUUAUGUGGCAUUAAUGUUUAGUUGUCAUGAUGUCACCUUCCUCUUUUAACUUAUGAGGCUGUGGGUAGAACUGUCCGUGAGUGAGAAAAUGAAGAAGAAACAAACAUGGGAAACUAAGCUAUUGCAUUUAAUUUUGUACUAAUGUACAAAGACUGUUCUGCAGGCACGUUUUUGCCUUCUGCAAACUAUAGGUGCAUUGAAUGCAUUACUUUUUGUCAUGAAGCUACCUUUGAAGGGUUUUGGUGUCGAUAUUGUAUUUUAGUCAAUUAGUGAAAUAACAUUGACCAAAUUGCAUCUGAUUUACACUUAUCUGUUGUGCUUGCCUGUUUCUGUAGACCAUUUCCAUAUUCAGUCACCACUUCUGUUUGUAGAAUUUUUUUUUCCAGAGAUGCAGCCUCUUUUCCUGUGUUAUAGCAGGUGUUAGCUCAUUCAUUUUCGACAUUAGGUUCUGUCUGUACACUUUCUGCCUGUGUUGUUAGUUCAGGUGGAUGUAAAAGAUGCCAUUAAAAAGAUUAAGGGAAGUUCCCUGGUGCUGUAACCAAAUUUACCUUUGUCUGAAUGAAUGCCAUCUCUGGUUUCCUCUGAAAAGAGGACACUGGCCUUAGUAGGACUAACUUGCUCAAUAGAGUACAUGUAAAUAAAACUGCUGUAUGACUACUUUGUAUAUUUGAGGCUCUGUAGGGAGCCUUACCCUAUUAUGAGAAAACUAAUUAUGUGUACUGCAUUGACCUGUAAUGGGGCCAGAUUUUGGAAUCCAGGGAAAUCUGUAUCAUUCCUUGGAUAGCUUAAUAAAGCAUAAAUAAAUCUUC